AUGGACGCGGCGUUUUUGCUGCGGACGGAGCACGUUGCCGUGACGCAGAAGCCACUUUCUACGCCGCAGGCCAAGCACGGACAGCCGGCUCAGCGAACCGUGCGCAUCUUCUGCGACGACUUGGAUGCCACUGACUCCUCCGGCGAUGACCGCCCUCGUGGCCUCGUUCCAGGGCCGGCCCUGGAGGAGGGCGGCACUGGGCGAUGGCCCUGGGCCCAUAAUUUGAGAGGGCCCAAAAUUUUUUUUUUAGACCGGAGCUGCCUCGUUCGCCGGUACGUCCAGGAGAUUCGUAUGCACCCCCGGACUGCUUCCUCCGCCAGGGCGCUGCGGAAGAGGAAGGCCGCCGCUUUUCCUGUUGCGGCGCCUGCGGAGGCGGGAGAGGGCGAGGGCGGAGUGAAGCGGUUCCGUGGAGUCCGGCGGAGGCCGUGGGGAAAGUUCGCAGCGGAGAUCCGCGACCCGUGGCGGCGCGUGCGCGUGUGGCUCGGCACGUUCGAUACCGCCGAGGAGGCAGCCAAAAUGUACGACUCCGCUGCGGUCCGGCUCCGCGGCCCCGGCGCCGCCAUCAAUUUCUCCCGUCCUGCUGCGAGCUCCCCGAAGAACCUUCCCAAGAGCAGCACCUUGUCGGUAUCCGCCGUUUCCGAGUCCACCGACGAGUCGCGGGGACUCUGCUCUCCGACUUCCGUCCUCCGCGACUUCUCCUCUGCCUCUUCAUCAUCCUGCUCGUCCUCCUCUCCUUCCGUGGCGGAGGAGGUCCCCAUACCCCGGCCGAAGACGGAGUCGACGGCCAGCGGUAGCUCGCCAGAGGAACUCGGCGUAUUCCCGCCGUUUAAGAUUCCUGCGCUCUUUGACGACUUCUUAGAACUCGGCGGCUCGGGUCCGGGAAGCUACUUUGACGACUCGGCGCCCAUCGGCUUCUUAGCCGAAGAGUUAAGUCAGGCUCUCAUCGGCUCAGGACUUGAGCUCGAAUACAGGCCGUCCACGUGGCAGGAUGAUGACUUCUUCAACGACAUCGGCGAUUUAUUCGCGAUCGAUCCUCUCCUUGCCGUCUAA